AUGAGCCUGUCCGUUGCCGCGUCCACGCAGUCGUUGUCCGCAGAGGUCGUUUUCGACCUUCUCCAAAGGGUCCGCCAAAAAACGCCGCGCGUUCACACCAUCACCAAUGCCGUCGCGCAAACAUUUACCGCGAAUGUGCUGCUGGCGAUCGGUGCCGUUCCCUCAAUGACAAUCUCCAGCGAGGAGGUGGCCGGAUUUGCGUCGAGUUCGGAUGCGCUGCUUGUCAAUCUCGGCACGUUGGAUUCAGCCAGGCGAAAGGCCAUUCCGAUCGCGAUCGAGGCGGCCCGGGCCGCCGGUCGUCCCGUCAGUGUCGAUCCCGUCUUUGUCAACCGGUCUCCCGUCCGAUGCGCCUAUGCGCGAGAGCUCAUGGCAUUCAAACCCGAACUUGUGCGACUGAACGAACCCGAAUUGGCCGCGCUGUGCCCGCAGCGGUCGGAUGUCGAGGCGCUGAUCGGAUCCGGUACCGUUCUUGCCGUGACCGGCGCUGAAGACAAGAUCGAAAGCCAGGGUGAGGACUUUCGCCUGCAAAACGGCCAUCCGCUGCUGGCAAGAGUUACGGCAACGGGCUGUGCCGGUGGUGCGGUGCUGGCGGCCUUUGCGAGUUUGGAAAGUGACAUUGCCCUGGCCGCCGCCGCCGGUCUUUCGGUCUUCAAUAUUGCCGGUGAAAUGGCAGCGGAGCGGGCAGGUGGUCCGGGAAGUCUCGUGCCGGAGCUGCUGGACGCGCUCUAUACGAUGACAUCCCGCGAUGUCGAGAUCAGGCUGAAGUCGGUCUGA